AGUUUGGGUAUCAAGAUUUUGGGGGUCUCAUAUUCUUGAGGUUUCAGAUUUUAGGAGGUCUCAAGACCUGGGGGUGGUCUUCGGAUGUCCCGGCCCAUAUCUGAACUAUCAAGAACUGGGAUUUCAGAAUCCAGAGCUAUGAGGACUUGCUGGUCUCAGAAACACGGGCAUCAUAAAUUGGGGUCUCAGAAUCUGUUCCCAUGGACUUGUCAUAAGACAAAAGAGGACAGCUGUGCUGAGGGGGCAGGGUCUGCAGCCUCACCUACCAAGGCCGCACCAGGAUGUCGGACACCGAGGAGCAGGAAUAUGAGGAGGAGCAGCCGGAAGAGGAGGCUGCGGAGGAGGAGGAGGAAGCCCCCGAAGAGCCGGAGCCGGCGGCAGAGCCAGAAGAGGAACGCCCCAAACCAAGCCGCCCCGUGGUGCCUCCUUUGAUCCCGCCAAAGAUCCCAGAAGGGGAGCGCGUUGACUUCGAUGACAUCCACCGCAAGCGCAUGGAGAAAGACCUGCUGGAGCUGCAGACGCUCAUCGAUGUCCAUUUCGAGCAGCGGAAGAAGGAGGAAGAGGAGCUGGUUGCCUUGAAAGAGCGAAUUGAGCGGCGCCGAUCAGAGAGAGCCGAGCAACAGCGCUUCAGAACUGAGAAGGAACGUGAACGUCAGGCUAAGCUGGCGGAGGAGAAGAUGAGGAAGGAAGAGGAAGAGGCCAAGAAGCGGGCAGAGGAUGAUGCCAAGAAAAAGAAGGUGCUGUCCAACAUGGGGGCCCAUUUCGGUGGCUACCUGGUCAAGGCAGAACAGAAGCGUGGUAAGCGGCAGACAGGGCGGGAGAUGAAGCUGCGCAUCCUCUCUGAGCGUAAGAAGCCUCUGGACAUUGACUACAUGGGGGAGGAACAGCUCCGGGAGAAAGCCCAGGAGCUAUCGGACUGGAUCCACCAGCUAGAGUCUGAGAAGUUUGACCUGAUGGCGAAGCUGAAACAGCAGAAAUAUGAGAUCAACGUGCUGUACAACCGCAUCAGCCACGCCCAGAAGUUCCGGAAGGGGGCAGGGAAGGGCCGCGUUGGAGGCCGUUGGAAGUGAGGAUGCCGCCCCGGACAGUGGCACCUGGGAAGCCUGGGAGUGUUUGUCCCAUUGGUAGCUUGAAAUAAAUGCUCCCCUCAGACA